UCUGCAAAGCUGAUGAUUCCCCGUGCUGAUAGGUAGCGUUUCCCAAUCGGCUCUAGAUGCGGGCGGAUUCGUCCAUGGGAUCGUCCCUCGAGCCUUGACCGAACGAAACAUGUCGAACAGUCGAAUAGCUUCGAAAGAGUCCUCUAAGGAGGCUGAAAAGAGAGGAGGCGAACCGAGGAACACUGAAGGCAGUGGUAAAGAAGUAUUAAAGGGGGACAAUGAACGGUUUACCUCGGAGAUCGUGGAGAGCAUGCACGAGAGAAAGCUGAGAAUGUCGCAAGUCGCUGCUGGUGGAUUUGUCGUCCUGCCUGGUGGAUACGGAACGUUUGAGGAGAUGAUGGAGAUGAUAACCUGGAAUCAGCUAGGUAUACAUAUGAAACCUGUCAUCGUUCUUAACAUCAACAACAUCUUCACACCUCUGCGCACCUUGCUGCAGAACGCCGUCGAAGCUGGGUUCAUUCAACCCCAGAAUCUGGCUUUAGUUCAGAUCUUAGAUCUACCAGGAGGCGCACAAGCAAACUCGGACGAAAGGCAGGCGGACGCAUGGGGACCAGCAACGAUCACAGCGCUGAAAGAGUGGUCAGUCUCAGACGAUGCGGGCUAUGGUCUCAAAUGGGAUCAGCCAGGCAAUUCUUCAGCAGAAAUGCGUGCGAAAGAGAAUGCUGCCGAGUCACAAAAAGAGGAAACGUUUUCGCUAUUUACCACCAUGCGAUUCACUUCCGUUGAUGUCAACCGUCCGACGCUGCCGGUCACAAAAGAACAGAUACCGCUACUCGGCCUCCACUUCCAUCGUCUGAGAAAGGCAUUCAGGUUCUUUGCCGAACGCGAUGGGCCACAUGUCUGGGCACAAUGUCCAAGUGAUGAUUGCAUGUGGCAAGCAUUAAGUGAGGCUCUGACACGUCGCGAGGAGCAGCAGCAGGGGGACUGGAGGAUCCGACUGCUUAUCAGCCGUGCUGGCAAGAUCGAGGUGCAGAUAGUGGCUGCUCCUGCGAAUGCCGGGCCCUUCCAGCCGCUACCAGCCAGAGAGAGGGGUCACGUUGUGCGGCCCUUGAUAUUGGAUCCGGAGACGAGUCCGCGCAGGGGAGAGACCCCUCAGUCAAGGGAUCUCAGAUUAUUCAAAACCACGAAGCGGGGCAUCUACGACGACGCUUCCAAACGAGCAGGUACGAAGAAGAUUUUUCAAGUCUCUGACCUCCAUUCAGAAUCAGCCAGACCGGACCUUGACCACCCAGAGGUCCUGCUACAUACGUCGAUUCAUUUGCUGGAGACGGCCACUUCGAACAUAGCCAUCGAGGUGCCGACUGCAAGUGGAACCAAAUGGAUCACACCACGCCUCCAAGAUGAUGAUCGACCCUUCCUCGACGGAGUGAUGCGGCAGCAUCUGCUUGCAACCGGCGUCAUCGAGGUAGGUGACUUGACGGUGGAUGCCUGGCACGAGGCGAAGCGGAAAGGAUAUAGGAUCAUUGGCUUCAACGGACUCCGAGGCGUCUGGGAGGCAGAACCAGCUUGAUUGCAAUCCAGCGGAUCUCCAUAUGGUCCAUGUUGUUGGGCUACUGCUUUUAUCAAGUGAUAGCCUCUCUCGCAGAAUCAAGUCCGCUCCAAGCUGCCUUUUGCGCUAGAGCUUCUUUUGUCCGGGUCCUCGCUUUGACAAGUCGCUCCAGCC